AUGGCCGGCAUGGGACCGGGCAUGCCCCCCAAUAUGCAACAGAAGGCCAUGGUCAAUCAGAUGGGGCCACAGAUGACGGCGCAAUCGAAUGCCCAAAUGGCAGCACAGAUGGCGCAGAUGGGAAUGGGCCAGAUGGGACAGAUGGGCGGUCAAAUGGGAGUGCAGAUGCCUCGAGGUAUGCCGCAACAGAUGACCGGACAGAUGGGUCUAAACCAGCCGUCGGUGCAGCAGCACAUAUUCGACAUGCUCAAUGCACAAGGCCCUUUUAGUGGCUGGCAGGCUAAUGUCCAGAUCAAAGAACGGGCUGCUCAAAUCAAACUCUUGGUUGAUUCAUUACGUCUCGUGCGCCCGCCUGUUGAACUGCCACGCGCAAUCGAAGUGGCGCUACAGUUCGAACGCAAGUGUUUUACCCAAUGUGCCAGCAAAGAGGAUUACAUUCGCGAAUGCAGUGAGAAGCUGGGCAGGAUCCGAGAUCAAAGGGCUCAGCAGAUGAAUCAAGGCGCGGCUGGGAUGAUGCAGAACAUGUCGAUGGGCAUGCCCAAUGCUCAGAUGCAAAAUCAGAACAUGCAACAGAUGCAGCAGAUGCAACAGAUGGGCCAGAACAUGAACUCGAAUAUGGGCCUGCAGCCGAACCUUCAACAAAUCAAGCAAUACAUGCAAAACUCCCCCAUGUUCAAUCAAGCUCAACCCGUCAUGAAUCAAGGUCCGCCAAAGAUGAAUCCGGCACAACAGACCCCCAUGAUGCAAGCCAACAACCAACAGAAGCCUACUCAGGUUCCGGAAUUGACCGCUGAAGACAACAAGACGAUCAACGUCCGGGCGGCGGAGCUUGCAAAGAGCACCCCCAAGGAUGAGAUGCGGAAUAUCGUGGAGAAGAUGAAUCUUCAGUUGCGGCAGAAUCUGGCUCAGAAAGGAAUCGAUCCCAUAAUCUACUAUUUCCGCAUGCUCGCCACCAAGGAAUUCCGACGCCGCAAGCAAAUGGAGGCGGGCGUUGGUGGAGGGGCAAAUGUUGGGCAAGUCAACAACAACGUCGGCAUGAUGAGCCAGCCUCAAAAUCAAAACAAUCAGAAUCCCAUGACUCAAGGCGCAAAUGCGAAUGGCAACACAUUCGUGGGUGAUAUGGGCCGGUUCCAAGGGCUACAAGCCGAGGGGUUGCGGUCUCAGGAAGAAGGGCAGCUGGUCGUCCCCGCCAGUAACAGUCAGAACAUGAUCCCAGAGCAGAUGCGUGUCCAACAGCAGAUGUUGGCGAACCAACGGAUGGGGCAGCAGCAUCAAAGCAAUGCGUUGAACCCGGCCUUCAUUGCGCAACAGCAGCGUUUGCAACAGGCGCAGGCUACCAAGGUGCAACAAGCUCAGCUGCAAGCCCAGAAUCAGGCCCAGGCUCAGGCACAAGCACAGGCUCGUGCUCAAGCUGCUGCACAGGCCCAAAUGGCCGGUCAGCGUGGUCAAGUGCAAGGGAUUCCGCAAUCGAGCACGCCGCUGUCGGCCAUUAACAGACCGGUCGGACCUAACGUGUCCGGGGCAAGUCCUCAGACUGCUCCUCGCGCCCCCUCGAGCACGCCGGUAAUGAAUCAACAACAAAUGCAGACACCUGGCCCGGCUCAGCAAGGGCAGCAACCACAAAUGAGCAUGCAAGAGAUGCAGCAACGAGAAAAGGCCCUGGCCAAUUUCCCUGCUCCUCUGCAAGCAGUCCUUCGACAGAAGCCGCAAAGUGAGUGGCGCGGAAUUUUGCAACAGUUUCAGCAAAGUGGAAACAUGAGAAGAAGCCUAUCCCAACAGCCGGCAGGUAUGCAACCGCAGCAACAACAGCAGGGGCAGCUGCCGCCUCAGGCUGCCGCUCCGAUGCAGAACGGUGCAUUUGUAGGUGGCCCGAACGUUGGUCCUAUGCCCAUGCAGCAGUCACUCUCCACCGGAGCGGUAUCACAAGGGGGCCAGGACAUGGCUGCAAUGCUUUCCUCUCAAGGACAAGUCCCGCAAAACCAAGAUUUGAUGAGGCAGCGUCAGAUGCAGAUGCAGCAGCAGCAGCAACAACAACAGCAGCAGCAGCAGCAGUCGUCUCAACAACAGGUGCCUGGCCAUGCCCAGGGUCAAAUGCCGUCCCAGCGGCCUCAGUUGAAUCCCCAGCAGAUGAAAGUGAUGGACCAGCAACCAGUACCUCCCACAUUCUUGGCUAAUAUAAGGCAACAUACUCCCAUCCCAGAGCUCAAGUCAUGGGGUCAACUGAAGCAAUGGUUGACAGCCAACCCUACACCCAACCUGCCGUUCGCGCAAAUACUGGACAUUCAAGCCACCCAUUUUGCCCACAUCAUGAAGACUCGGGGCCAAAAUGUGCAACAACAGAACAAUGCCAUGGGUGGACAGGGCCCGACCCAACCUCCUCAGCAGACUCCGCGGAUGCCUCAAGGUCAGGGACAGGGCGUGCCUGGCCAGGUUCCUGGCAUGGCUCCCAGUCCGAUGCAGUUUCGACCACCUAGUGCGCAAGAUCUGCAGCGAUUGCGAGCUCACAACCCGAAGCUGGCCAGUCUAGGGGACGAUCAAAUACGACAGUUGUGGAUGAGCCGCCAGCGACAAAUGCAACAACAGAAGGGAAUGCAGCAGCAGUCCGGGCAACCGGGUAUGGCGCAGCCGAUGCAAUUCAUGCCCUCGCAAGGCAGCGGUCCUGGACAGCAGUUUGGCGUGCAAACAAUGGCGCAACCUCAUGCUCCAAUGCAGCCAAACGCGGCAGCUGUACAACAGCCUCCGCGGCCACCGUCAGCGCAGGCCUCUGAGCAGGCUCGACCUUCACAGCCUAACGGGCUCCCUGUGAAACGAACCAACGAGGAAGAGGUAGCCAAUGCGCCCAAGCAAAUGCAGAAUCAAGUGGAGGGCAUCAAGCUCCCCAAUGGUCAGGUCCUCACCAAGGAGCAGUUCUACGCUUUGGACCCUGUCAAAAAGCAGCAGUACAUUAAUCUUCAAAGACAACAGGCCACAGUGCGUAGGAUUUUUGAAAUCGGAAAAGAAGUCCAGGCCAGCAUGCCGAAGCCGAGACCCAUUAUGAACAUGGAUGCUGGGAGUCGCAAGCGGCUUACAUCGUUGCUGACAUCUGACAAUGUCAAGAACAUGUUGGGAAGGUUCGACUCGUUCCUGAUGGCAUUGUACCGCAUUGAGCCAAACGACUCGGCAAUCAAGCAGCUUGUGGCACAAAAACUACAGCUGUUCGCUCAGUAUAAACCACAGUCGCUGCAGAACCGGACCUUUGAAGUGGUGGAUAAUUUCAGUAUCUCGCCAGAGACCGCAGAGAGCAUCGUCAACAACAUCAGCAGCAAGUUCCAACAAACGGCGGCCCAGAUCCCUCUUCAGAACAAAGCACGUCCACAACCGGCGCAGUUGACGCCCGAGAAUUUGAGCCUGUUGGAAGCGCAGGAGCAAGAACGGAAGAAGUCCUUGAAGUCGAAUCAGCCGCCUCCCGCGCCGACAGCAACCCAGCCUCCAUUCCAGAUUGGUGAUCCUCGUGGGCAAGGUACACCACGGUAUGCGACUCCGGGCCUCAAACAAGAGGAUCUCAAGCUUCCUGCCGACCCUAAGAGACGGAAGAAGAAUCAGCAACAGACCACAGGCCCACAAGGUACAUCUGGUACUCCCACCUCAACCACCUCUCCACAGGCGACCAAAGCAUCUAAGCCAGCGGACAUGUUCAAAUGUCCUGUCGCAGGCUGUGAGCACCAAGCCAAAGGGUUCCCAAGCCAAGCUGAGCUUGAUCAACAUCAUAAUGUAGCGCACAAAUUGGACAUGGAGCCAGUCACCGAUCCCGUGGCCUUUUUGCACGAGUCUUUGCGAUCUGCUUUCAACCUAGACGAGAACCUCAAGCAAACCAAGAAGCCAAAGUCGGAGAAGCAACCAUCGGCGGCUCUGAAUGUCAAGGGUGAAAGCCACGCAGCAACUCCGACAGCCAUGUCCAAGAUCCCCAGUCAGCAGGGCGCGCCCGGCACUACCGCCGCGAAAGCCACUGGGACUGAAGAUGACAACGAUCCUUGGCAACACAGUAAUACCAGCCUUGACCAACUGCGAGCGAUAUUCGGCGGUGAUGACUGGGAGGAACUUUUUCCAUCACGAGAGAAAACCGAGGAGUUUCAGGCACGAUUCUACGAAGCAUACCGCAACCAGAGCGAAAGGUGGCGAAAGAUCGUGGAAGGACCUAACGGUGCGCUGACAGACACGUCGACCGAAAAGUCCAAGAGUCCUGGCAAUGGCAGUGACAAAGAUGGUUCAGCAGAAUCCGCAACGACGGCGGAAGACAAGAAAAAUGCGGCGGCGACGGCCAAGAAGGGGAGCGAAGAUGAUUCUUGGAUCGUCAAUCUUGACGGCAUCGAAGGACUUGAUCUCAGUGGGUUGGAGGACACGUCUCCAUUUGAGAACAUUGGCGACCAAGAUGUCGUCAUGGGCGAGGACGGAUCACCCUUUGAGUCGAUUGAGAAACCGGCACAACCACCGCAACUGUCGAUCAGGGAAACUCAGCUCCGAAAUCUAGGCGUGGACAUUCAACAUCCCGAGAACUGGACCGAGCAGGAAAAGGCAAUGGCGGAAUUCGUCUUGGACGAUUAG